AUGACCUGUCAUAUGUUGUUGGAGAGCAUGGAUUUAUCACCCCACAGACUGUCUGUGAGGACCUCUAUAGAAGAUGAGUCGGAGUCUGCUGACUGCACUUUCAGCCGUGAUCAGUCCAUAUGUGAUGACACAUCAUCAGAAUUACAGCGAGUGGCCAACCUUGAACAGCAAAGACUGAACUCUUUCCGUGACAGAGGGGCACUCUCAAGGUUAGUGAAUAUGGUAGUCACUCUUAGAGAAUGGGCCCAUAAAAGCCUCCAGGAAGAGGAGGAAAGGCCAGAUUCUUUCUUGGAGCGCUUCCGAGGACCUGAACUUCAAAUUGCUCCGAGUAGAUUAAGCAUCAGUAGACCUGAUAUUCAGGAUGGGAACUGGAGUGCCAAAACUAAGAAAAAGUCUGAUGUUUUCAUAUUGGCACCUGCUGAUGACCUGUAUUACCACUGGCUGUUUGUUAUUGCCACAGCUGUAUUGUACAACUGGUGCUUUGUAGUUGCUAGAGCCUGCUUUAAUGAGCUUCAAACCAGGAACUUUAUUCUGUGGCUUUUUUUGGAUUAUCUGUCUGAUGUCAUAUAUAUCCUGGACACCUGUGUAAGACUAAGAACAGGUUUCCUUGAACAAGGUCUUCUGGUGAAGGACCUUAUCAAAUUAAGAGAAAGCUACUUUCAUACUCUACAGUUCAAGCUUGACUUGCUAUCAAUAUUACCCACAGAUUUAGCCUACAUCGUCAUUGGCAUUCAUGUACCAGAGCUCCGUUUGAAUAGACUUAUGCGCUUCUCGCGCCUGUUCGAGUUCUUUGACCGCACCGAGACCCGCACCAGCUACCCCAACUUGUUCCGUAUUUUCAACUUGGUGCUCUAUAUUCUAGUCAUUAUUCACUGGAAUGCUUGCAUCUACUUUGCCAUCUCCAAAUCUCUGGGUUUUGGAUCUGAUCAAUGGGUCUACCCAAACAUCUCUGACCCUGAGUUUGGGACACUCACACGAGGAUACGUGUACUGCCUUUACUGGUCAACCCUCACAUUGACAACCAUCGGGGAAAUGCCAGCUCCAGUCCAAGAUGAGGAGUAUAUUUUUGUUGUUUUUGAUUUUCUAGUUGGGGUUUUAAUUUUUGCAACCAUUGUUGGUAAUGUUGGAUCAAUGAUUUCCAACAUGAAUGCCACUCGCGCUGAAUUUCAAGGUCAAAUUGAUGCCAUUAAACAUUACAUGAAGUUCCGAAAGGUUAGCAAAGAGCUAGAAGCUAGAGUCAUCAAAUGGUUUGACUAUUUGUGGACAAAUAAGAAAGCAAUUGAUGAGCAGGAUGUCCUUAAGAAUCUGCCAAACAAACUUCGGGCUGAAAUUGCUAUCAAUGUGCACUUAGAAACAUUGAAGAAGGUUCGUAUUUUCCAGGACUGUGAGGCAGGGCUUUUGGUGGAACUGGUUCUUAAGCUGCGGCCACAGGUCUUUAGUCCAGGAGACUACAUCUGCAGAAAGGGAGACAUAGGAAAAGAGAUGUAUAUCAUUAAAGAGGGUUGCCUUGCUGUUGUGGCUGAUGAUGGGGUGACCCAGUAUGCACACUUAACUGCUGGAAGCUGUUUUGGUGAAAUUAGCAUCCUAAAUAUAAAAGGAAGCAAAAUGGGCAAUCGUCGCACUGCUAACAUCAGAAGUAUUGGCUACUCUGAUCUUUUUUGUUUGUCAAAGGGUGACCUGAUGGAGGCUGUAAUGGAGUAUCCAGAUGCUAAGAAAGUUCUGGAAGAGAAGGGAAGACAAAUUCUUAUGAAAGAGGGUUUGCUCGAGGAGGUGGAGGCAGAUGGAAUGGGAGAAGAAGAAAUUGAGAAGAGAGUGGAGAGGAUGGAAGCUACUAUUGAAAUAUUACAGACUCGAUUUGCUCGACUAUUGGCUCAAUAUUCAGCAACUCAACAGCACCUGAAGCAGAGACUUACCACUCUGGAAUGCAGAACCAAUCAUUCUGGCAGUGGAUUCCUCUCUGAUGGUAAUGAAAGCACUAUUGAUGGUGAUGGUACAAACAGUGAGGUCAACAUUCAAUUUUAA